AUGGCGUUCAAGUGGGACGGCAUGAUCCACGAGCUCAUGAAUGCAAUGGCCGAGGGAAGUCUACCAAAGGUGGGUGAUAUAGAAUCGCUCACGGCCAACGGCACCACAACACAGGAAACGACUACCGACCCAGAGGAGCCUCCCGUGUCGUCCGAUGAGCUUUUGGACGCCCAAGAACUAGAAACCUUGGACCCGAACCGAGCGCACCAAUACCACGACGCAACCACCGCCAACUGGAAGCCCCUGAUCGACGCACUCAAUGCCUAA